UUAUUUCGACAGUGCCAACCGGAAGUGUCCUGAUAAUAACAACUCUGGUUAGCAUGUAGCUAGCAGUCCUAAAUGUGACUUGUGGACAUGAAGCAUUUGUCUGCAGUGCCUCGACAACGUCCACCUACAUGUCUAAUAACAUAUGUAUCUUGUCGAUAAUGUUACAGAUACAAACGUGUCGUACUUGUAUCUGUAGCUAGCGUUAAUGUUAGCUCGUUACCUGAAGCUAUGAAGUUAGCUUACUAGCGUAAAGCUAACCUUUAUAGUCGUCUGAACACACCUGUGCAAGGUGUCAUUUACCAGGUAAAAGAAUGGCUGAUGACCCUCAGAGAAAUUUCCGCUCCGCAUAUUAUGAGAAAGUGGGCUUCAGAGGAGUGGAGGAGAAGAAAUCUCUGGAAAUACUGCUCAAGGACAAUCCCCUCGAUCUAGAAAAGCUGAGCACCUUCAGUCAGAGGUUCCCCCUCCCCUCUAUGUACAGGAUCCAUGUGUGGAAGGUGUUGCUAGGCAUCUUACCCCCCCACAGUGACUCUCACUCUCUGGUGGGAGGCUACAGGAAGGAGCAGUACCAGGACAUCCUGGAGGCUCUGGAGGUGAUGAGAUACAUCAACCCUUCGACUCCCUCCACCCACGUCUACCUGCGCAUGUCCCAGCUAGAGACCCUGGUGCUCCCACGGUGCUCCGAGACCUCCGCCCCGGAUGAAGAGAACGAGGACUUCCUCUCCAUCAGUCGAGCCAUGGAGGAGAUCGUAGACGAUCCUAUCGACUGUUACUGGCUCAUCAAGUGUUUCAUACAUCAGUUCAACACGAAGUUUGGAGACUCUGUACCCCACCUUCCGAAGAGCCUGGAGCACUAUCUGAGUCAGGAGGAGCCUCGGCUGCUGACCCACCUGAAGACCAGCGGGACCCUCGCCCAGCUGCCCUACGGCCUCUGGUUCAGACGCUGCUUCGCCGGCUGCCUGCCCGAGUCCAGCCUGCAGAGGGUGUGGGACAAGGUGAUCAGCGGCUCGUGUAAGAUUCUGGUGUUCGUGGCCCUGGAGAUUCUGCUCAGCUACAAAAUCAUGCUGAUGGGAAUCAGCCGGCCUGAAGGCGUGGUGAGGUUCCUGUGCAAUAUCCCGCAGGAGAACACGGACGCCAUCGUGACUAAAGCCAUCGACUUGUGGCACAAAUACUGUGGCACCCCGAUGCACGCUGUAUAGCUGUGUGUUUCUGACAUGUUUAUUGAACAUGUCAGAAACAAAACGUACAACAAUAAUAAUAUAUAUAUCCUUUCUUUUUUUUUUCUCACUCAUAACAAAGUACAAAAACAUGAAUAAAAAAAGAUAAUUCUCAAAUAGUCUCUGUCAUGUUCAACAGGGGCAAGAAGCUACAAAAAAACUUUUCUGGUCCUACCCCCUCUAGCAUACAUUUUCCCUAUAAAUAAAAUAUUAGGUCAUCGUCAUCAGCGACAUGUUUGUCUUGUUUGUUUGCAAUCAGAAAGAAAUUAUUUUUACAAUUACAAGAAAUAGCAAAUGGGAUUUUACAGGUCCUGUUCAUAACCAUUCAUGAUUUGGCUCCUAAAUAAUACUUUCACUUUAGAUAGACUUGGACAAUAUUUCAGUGCAUCAUUACAGUUAUUCCACAGACUAACACCUUUUGAUGAGAUGCAAUGCAGUUUGGCAUUUGUUCGUACGGGUGGUUUUUUGAAAAUGCAGUUUCCUCUCAACAUGUGCUUGCUUUCUCUCCGUGUGAAAAGAUAAGGUGCUGUCCCAGGACAGAGCACAAACUCUUAACUCCACUGAGACUACGGAUUUGUCUCCGUAUGACUGAACAGAAAACUCAUCAUGGGCUGCUUUUAAUAAGCCCCAGGACUUGGGAGCCAAUCCAAUUACAGACAGGACAACACAUCCCAGCUCUCCCCAAAGAAUGAUCGACUGUUUGUGGAAAGGACACUGAAAACAGCUGCUAUACAGAGAGGAUGCACAAAAUCUGAAAAAAGGCAAGGAUUCAUAAACUUAUUUUCUUUAAUAAGUUUCUUUCUUAAAGAAACAGCUUACAUCAUAGAAGACAAUAAAUUAAUACCCACAUGCAGUUGUUCUGCUUUACAAAAAAACAUUUGAAAAGUCUUGUUUACUUUCUUUGCUAUUUACAAGUUUUAGAAUUCUGAGAACAGUUUUAAACGUACAAGAGACAGUAAUAUUACCGACGCUCGUACUGACACACUCACAGAUCAAGUCCUCCCGAUAAUAAGGUCAAAACGGGCAAUUAUCUAAUGUGGACCUAAACCAUAAAAAGUAAGCUGGCAGGUUUUCAUUUUCUGUGCCACCAAAGAUUUGACUGACAAUAAAAAAAGAAAGUCUGUUUUUUUGAAGUUCUGCAACUUUUCACUGUGUCGACAGAUACACAGUAAAAUAAAACGAAACAAGUUAAUUUGGCAACUUUCAAAUCCCUGUAAACAAUACUGUAGGCACAGUGACACGGUGAGUUACUGAACUCUCAACAGCAGUCAUUCUGGGAUGCAUUCAAGAUCGCAACUUCAACAGGAAGUCAAGUUGCUUUGGCUUCAAGUGGGGAUCAAAAGUGUGAAAACGUUUUGAGCUCUAGAAUGCAGUCCAUUAACACAAAAAACGAUCAGGCUGUGAAGUUAUUGCUCAGUUAAUGUGUUUUACGUUAGUACAUUUUUUCUGUUACUGUCUUGAAAAGAGAAUGAUGUUAUAUUUUAGGUCAUUUUGGCUUAAGAUGCAGCUGCCUACAGGUUUGAAUUCCUCUGGCAAAAUGUGAAACGAUCAUUGAGAUGUCUUCUGUGGAAUAAUACCGUGCCAACACAAACCCAAAGGAUAUAAAGUCCAUUUAAGGAGUGACAUUAUGGUGAAAGGCAAGAAAACAAUCCAUGUGUAAAAAAUAAAAAGAAAGUCCUUUCUUCAGCUCCUUGGCACAGA